AUGCCUUCUGCCCUGCUACUUCUCCUUCCUCUGGGGCUCAUCAGUGCUGUGGCGGUUAACUGGUAUCUCUGCUUCCGGCGCAACAUUGAGAAAGCCAAAGAAUCAGGCAUCCCCUAUGUCGUUGUGCCGGUCUUCGUUCUACACCGGUUCUGGCUUAUAACCAAUCCACUAUGGCUCAAACUCGCGCGCAAGUUUCUCCCAGAAGAAUGGAUAGAGUCAUGGUACGACUACGUUCGCCCGGAAUUCCCCUGGGAGCUUCGUAAUGAACCAUUUAAGAAAUUCGGUAGCGAUACUAUCCUGAGUGUUUCUGGUGGUGACUUCUGCUUGUGGACUGCCGAUGCGGACGUCAUCUCACAGAUCACAACUCGACGCAGCGAUUUUCCCAAGCCUACCCAAAUCUACACAUCACUUGACAUCUAUGGCAAGAAUGUGGUGACUACAGAAAGUGCUGCAUGGCGCCGUCAUCGAAAGUUAACCAGCCCUCCAUUUACAGAGAGGAACAAUCAUUUGGUAUGGGCCGAGACGCUGGAUCAGACUCAGGCAAUGUUGAACACGUGGCUUGGGAAAAACAGGCAAGGGAAUCAGACAGUCGACCGUAUCAUGGAUGAUACAAUGCGACUAUCGCUGUAUGUCAUUAGUCGGGCCGGUUUUGGCCGGAAGCUGGAGUGGCCUCAGGUAGAGGAUACGUCACAUAAUAGCACAGGUAUCGACGUGAAACCCACUCAAAAGAUACAGAAUGAAGAGGCAGAAUUGGGCGAGGGCCAUAGUAUGAGCUACACAUAUGCCCUGCAUUUCUUGUUGGACCAUAUCGUAUUUGCCAUCUUGAUCAACCGUACGAUCCUGAAGCUAUCACCUGUGAAGGUCAUGCGUCAUACUUACCAAGCCUAUAUUGAGUGGGGCAAUUACAUGCGCGAAAUGGUCGUCUCUAAAAAGGCAGCCAUAAAGGCUGGCGAGAGAUUGGACGAUAUGGAUAUAGUUGGUCAACUGGUCAAAGGCCAGCUCCUCCCGACAGACGAGAAAUCCUCGAGCAAGGAUGCACCUCUCUCCGACUCGGAAAUCCUGGGAAAUUCAUUUGUUCUCAUGCUUGCGGGACAUGAAACUGUUGCCAACACCCUACACUAUGCUUUCCUCCUCCUUGCGAUGAACAUCAGCUCUCAGCGAAACCUACAGAAGGACUUGCAAGAGCACUUCCAAGGCCGUCCAAUAUCCGAAUGGGACUAUGACCGCGACCUCCCUGCUCUCUUCGGCGGCAUGACUGGCGCAGUCUUGAAUGAACAACUCCGCCUCAUCGCCCCUGUUGUCAACAUUCCGAAAUGCACAUAUGGCGUUCCCGACCAACCUCUGAUCGUGAAUGGAAAGAAAUGCACCCUCCCAACCAACACAUUCAUUAACCUCUGCUCGUGCGUUCACACCAACCCCAGCUGGUGGCCACACGGCCCGCCCAAAGACCCGAAGAACCCCGCCCACCCAGUCAGCAAUCUCGACAACGACCUCGAGGAAUUCAAACCGGAACGUUGGCUCCUGGACCCCGACCACAAAGACAAGACCACUACCACUGCUAAGGAGCUCAACAUCCUCGACGACAAGACAAAAGCAGCAGAUGACGCGGAAGAAUUCUCCAUCUCCACGACCUCCGUUACAUCACCAUCCCUCUACCGUCCCCCAAAGGGUGCAUUCAUCCCCUUCUCCGACGGCUUCCGCUCCUGUCUCGGCCGCCGUUUCGCCCAGGUCGAAGCCCUGAGCGCGCUCGCGGUGAUUUUCAGCCAGUACAGCGUCGAGCUGGCGGUGGACAAGUGGGCCACUGAUCAGGAAGUGGACGAGAUGGAUGAGCAAGGGAGGAGGGCGGUCUGGGCCAAAGCGGCGAGCGAGGCGCAGAGGUUGAUUCAUGGCUCCACCACCAUCAUCACCUUGCAGAUGAGGCAGGGGAGCGUGCCGCUGAGGUUCGUGAGGAAGGGGAGCGAGAGAUUCAAUUUCUGA